CGUCGAGGCAGUGUCUCUCACCAGCGGCGACGACGGCGGGCGAACUCGAGCGGCACAACGCGGACUCGAUCGCGCCCAGCAGAGUGAGCAGAGUGAGCAGAGUGGGGUUUCCCUGGCGGACGACGAGGUGGAACGGCGGAUCUGCGAUGGCGAUUGGUGCGUGCUUUUCCCCGCCAGCGCUUCGCGGGAGCUUGUUUCGCUCCAUCGUUUAUGCGGACCCUGCAGCCCCCGUCCACUCACGCCUCACAAUGCCCUUGUGCGUUUUCCCAGGCGCGAAACACGCCCGAUCAAUUGGCCGCGAGCUGCCGCUGCCCUGGCUCCGAGCAACGCCCUCCGAGCUUGGGGCCGUCCUCUGCCUCCGAAUGGCACGCGGCCGCAGAUGGCGCAGAUGGCAGAGCGCGCGAAGACGCCGUCUUUGCUUCUUCCUCUCCUCCUCUCGGGCGACACUGCGGCGCAGACGAGAGCACGACUUCACGACUGACGGCCACCUGACGGCUCUGACGGGCGACGACGACGACGACGACUACGACUGCGACUGCGACUGCGACUACUGUCUAGCUGACAGCGACGGCCCCGCAAUCAGCACGCUGUCAGCACGCUUCAACACCAAGAGUCUUCGGUCCUUGUCUGCAGCGUGCGCCGCUCGGUCUGGAAGCGCAUACUUUUCUAAUCGUUUAUUGCUUUCACCCGGGCGUCUAUUUCUGGGCCGCCAUCCACUCCCCUCCCUCCUCUGCGCGCCAUUGCGAACCUGCUCGUCUGCCCUAGUGCAGCCUAUCACAUCCCGCCCAGCAGUCGUGCAGCUGCCUCCAUUGGCGCCAUACAUUUAGUCCUGCUGUAAGUACCCGCCAGCCUUUCCAUCCCAACUCUCUCUCUCCACCCUCAUCCGUGCUCCCCGCCUGUCCAAUCCACCGUGCCCUUGCCCGCGAAGCGCCGCGAGACAAAAGGCCAGCGCCUCGCCCUCCUGCUCGCCUCUCCUCUCUCUUUCUUCCCAGCAGGUCUCUUAUUGUAAUACUUGUGUGCC